AUGCAUAUGAAAACAACUUUACCUGUCUAGUACACCUUCUUCAAACAUGUAUUUGCGCUAGUGUUUAUGCUGUUACAUGCGAUUGGUGGUGUGGUGUGGAAGGUUGUCACGUGGGGACUUGACAUCCAUAGAUCCUCCGGUUUUUCCCUUAGUCGUGCCCCUAUCGCGGAGCGAACGUCGACAUUCGUAUUAGUGAGGAACUACGUAAUUUGGGGACUCCAAACCUCGUAUAUCCUCUCAGGAAUGCCUACUCCGCCCUCUGCCUACCUCCAACACCACCUAUCAAAGUUCGACACCUACGAUACCCGUAGAGGCACCUAUGCAUUAGACUCUCAUAGGCAAAAGCCAUCCCAGCGACUGAGCGACUAUCACCCAUACGAUCCCAGGCAUGGAAAAUCCCCCUCACCAUCCGCACGAAAGCCCAAAGUCUCCACCCUAACCAUUUUGUAUUUUCAUCAUCAAUAUCGUACUUUUCGUUUCUUCACCCCUCCCAUCAUUCCAGUAGAUACCGUAGAAAUAUACAAUACAAGCGGCGAUCUGCUCGACGGCCAUUCCAUCCUCUGUAGCUGCGCCACUCCAAUCCAUUCAAGAUCCGAAAGACACGACGCCGUUCAGUCGCAUGGCUAAUAACGAGCAGGAAAAGGGAGCGCCGAUGUACUUGUACAAACUGCUCCGCGCUGACUCAAGGAAAGGGAGUGAGAUAGAAAGGAAAUUUCAGAAUACCAGACCUAGACUUGCUUUUGCCAGAACGCAAU